AUGCGACCGCAUCUACCUCUGAAACGACCGAAGUUUAUUCCCGGCGGAAGGAGCAGGAACGCAACAACAGCCGAAACAACAACGCCGAACAUGGGCCAAGGCCCUUCGACCGCGCGCUCGUCACAGGGUGACGACUCGUUUGCGCUCUACAAGACGCCCGCCGGCAGCCCAUCGCGCCCCAAGGAAAGCCCGAACAAUGUGAAGCCAUCGAACAACGAGUUGCCCGCGUGCAAGUCGAGGGGCGAGCGGCAAAAUGUCAAGAUUGAAAAGGCGGCGCUGGACAAUUCUUCUCCUUCUUCUUCGAACCAGCAGGAGCAGCCCCGCGACGCCGACAUCGUCAAGAAGCCGGUAGCCAAGUUCCGACCGAUGCCCGGGCGUCGUAUCCAGCCAUUCCGUGAAGCGCCCCGACCGGUUGAAGAAGCUCUCCCUCCACCGUCGUCGAUCCCGCACGUGUGCCCGACUUGCGGCCAGAACACCCAGAACGCCAUCGCCGCGCCGUCGACUUCUGCCGAUCGCCAUAUGCACAGCAACCGCCGA